AUGGGACACAAGGGACACAGGAGUGACAAGGGACACAAGUCGACAUAAGGGACACAGGGGACACAAAGGGAGACAGGGACAUAAUUGAAGACCAGGGAGACAGAGGACGCAGGGGACACACGGGGACACGUGAGACAAAGGGGACACAACGGACACAGGGGACACAAUAGACAAAAGGGACACAGGGAACCCAAGGAGAUACAGGAGUCACAAGUUACACAGGGGACACAAGGGACACAGCAGACACAAAGGACAUAGGAGACACAGGGGCACAAGGGACACAGAGGUCACAGGGACACAAAGGAGACAAGAGACACAGGGGACACAGGGUAACACAAUGGAGGCAGGGGACUUAGGGAACACAAGGGAGACAGGGGAGACAGGAGACACAAUCAACUCAAGGGGACACAUGGGACACAAGGGGACACCGGGUAUGCAAGGGUCACAAGGGACACAGGGGAGUUAUGGGACACGGGAGACUUAUGAGACACAGAAGACACAAGGGACGCAGCCAACACAGGCGACACAGGGGACACAACGGACACAAGGGACACAGGGAACACAGGGGACACACGGGUGGCAAUAAACAUAAGUUGACCCAAGGCACACACGGGACACAGAAGACACAAGGGUCACAGGGGACACAAGUAACAAAGGUGACCCAGGGGACACAGGGAACUCAAAGGGACACAGGGGACACAAGGGACACAACGGACACGGGGGACACAAAGGUACAAAAGGGACACAAGGGCACACAGGGAACGCAAAGGGAUGUAGGGGACACAAACGUACACCGGGGACACAAGAAUACAAGCGGAACACAAGGGGACAUAGGGAACUCAAGGGAUACAUGGGACACAAAGGGACACAGAGGACACAAAGGGACAAAGGUGGACACAAGGGGACACAGGGAAGACAAGAGACACAGGGCAGAGAAAGGGACACAGAGGACACAGGGGACACAAAGGGACACAGGGGACACAAGGGGACACAAGGG